AUGGGUCGACGUCCAGCUCGUUGUUAUCGCUACAUCAAGAACAAGCCUUACCCAAAGUCGAGGUUCUGUCGAGGAGUGCCGGAUCCAAAAAUUCGCAUCUUCGACCUCGGAAAGAAGAGGGCCGAUGUCGACGAAUUUUCCGCUUGUGUUCACAUGAUCUCCAAUGAACGAGAACAUCUUUCAUCAGAAGCCUUGGAAGCUGCCCGUAUUUGCGCCAACAAGUACAUGGUGAAGAACUGCGGUAAAGACGGUUUCCAUCUUCGAGUCCGAAAACAUCCCUUCCAUGUAACCCGAAUCAACAAGAUGUUAUCCUGCGCCGGCGCUGAUCGGCUACAAACAGGAAUGAGAGGAGCCUAUGGAAAACCUCAAGGAUUGGUGGCCCGUGUAGACAUCGGCGACUUCUUGUUCUCGGUCCGAGUCAAGGAAAAUAACGUGAACCACGCCAUCGAGUCAUUCCGUCGUGCCAAGUUCAAAUUCCCUGGCCGUCAAUUCAUCGUCGUCUCCCGCAAAUGGGGUUUCACAAAAUGGAACAAGGAUGAGUACGAGAAAAUGCGAGCUGAGGGACGCCUUCAAUCCGAUGGUGUUGGGGCUAGAUUGGUCCAAAAGAUGGCAUUCUCGCCUUCUUCGAUGUCUGAGGAUGGUGAUGGCAUGAAACGUGAGGAGAAAGUUUGUCGUGUUUGUGGGGACCGAGCAAUUGGUUACAACUUUGGCAUCGUUGCUUGUGAAUCAUGCAAAUCCUUUUUCCGUCGGCAAGCUGCUCGUAGUAAUGAGUUAAAAUGUCCGUUUCAUGGCGUUUGUGAAAUCAACAUCAAUUCAAGGCGUUUUUGUCAAGCAUGUCGACUCAGGAAAUGCUUUUUGAUGGGCAUGUCGACGGAACUCUUGAAAAGAUGCGAAAAAGAGCCGUCAAACAGCCAGCCGAAGAAACGGUUAAAAGUGACAGUCAAUGAGGUGGAAGAGGCUGUGAACGAUGAUUCGUCGGACGAAGUGACAGUAUCGAAAGAAGUUCUUCAAGAACUCAUCAGAAAGACCAAAUCAGGAAGAAAGCUUGAUGAAUGUUUUUGUCAAUGCAAAUGUGGUUUCUAUCCAAAAGGAACGAAGUUGGUCGCAAAACAGGAUCCACACAAUCCACCACUUCCCAAUCUACAAAUUCCCAACUCUCCGAAGGACAAUAAUCCACAAAGCCCCGUUUUUAAGCAACUACCGCAGUUCGCUCAGUCACCUCAAUCGAUGUAUCUACCGGGUCAGCUCACGCCACCAAUUCACUUUAACUGGUACAAUCCAAGCUUGGCGGCCGGGAUCUCGAGAAUGCAAACGGCGUCAAUACCGAGUUCUUUCCCUCCCAUUCCGUCAAACAUUUCCUACAUGGGACAAAGCUCAAACGCUCGCUUACUUCAAGUAAGCCCUACUUCAACAUUAAGUGAUGCCCUUGCUUCAUUCUCCACUUCCGCUUCAACAAGUAAAGAAAGCUUCGACUAUUCAGCAGAAUCGAUUUUGCCAAAUUUGAACAAGGAAAAUCAGGAGUUGCUUCAGGAAUUGAUCAAAGCCAAUGAGUGUCUAAAGGCUCCACUCGAAAUCGAGGCUGAACAAGAGCUUUCACUGAUGGAAGUUGUCAAUAUCACGAAUUUGGCACUACGAAGAAUCAUUGUAAUGGCAAAGGAACUGCGUUCAUUCCAAUCGCUCACCAAUCAAGAUCAAAUCAAUUUGAUAAAAGGUGGAGCGAGUGAAUUGCUGAUCAUUCGUGGAGUGAUGGUCUUUGAUCCGACAAGAAAUGGAAGCUCGGAAAUGCAAGUGAAACUUGAAAUCCUUCUCCGCUCGCCGAUCGCUCAACAACAUUAUGAAGAGCAUAAAAAAUUCUUGACUUCAUUUGGUGAAAGGAUUCGUCGAAACGAGGCCGUGAUGCUUUGUGUCGUGGCAUUGGUUCUCUUCUCGCCCGAUCGUCCUCUUUUGUCAGAUCAACAACGAGUGGCCACCGCUCAGCAGAUGUACUAUCAGUUGUUGCUCAAAGUCCUUGAAAGUGUGUUCCCGAGUUCUUUCGAGGCUCGAUCGGCUUUCGAGAAUCUUCUGGCUAGACUCAUCGAUUUGAAGAAAAUCAACGAGGGACUAUUGUCGAUUUAUUAUCGAUUAGAUCCAAAUCAACUAGAUCCUUUGCUUCUUGAGCUUUUUGAUUUGAAAACGAUGCCU